CUAAGAUGCCAAACCCACCCACACAGAACCUACCCCAUCGCCUCCCUCGGCCAUGCAGCCUGGAUCCUCCGCCACUAUGGCUACCGCGCGACCUUCAUCUGGGGGCUCUUUCUCUAUGGCCUCGGCGCCCUCCUUUGCAUCCCCGCUACAAUCGCCCACUCCUUGGCCGGCUUCUGCAUCUUCAUCUUCAUCAUCGGCAACGGCCUCGGCUCCCUAGAGACCGCCGCAGACCCUUACAUAACCGUCUGUGGCCCCCCAAAACACGCCGAACUGCGCAUCAACCUAGCCCAAGCCUUCAGCGGCAUAGGCGGCAUCGUCGCCCCCCUUUUAGGUUCAUUCGUCUUUUUCGGCUUCGACAACGAGGAGAAAGCGCUUCAGAAUGUCCAGUGGGUGUACAUGUCCAUCGCCAUCUUUGUCUUCAUCCUUGCGGGUGUUUUUAUCCUGGCGGAGAUACCCGAGAUGGCCGACGCGGACAUGGCGCUGCAGGAGGAGGAGGCUGCGAAGAAGGGCAGGGUGUUGGGGACGGAGGCGUAUCAAGUUUAUGUUGAGGAGCAACCACAUGCUAUUGGGCCAGUAGCAAAGGAGUUGCCCUUCAGAAAGCAGUACAGGCUUUUUCAUGCGGCGUUUGCCGAGUUUUGUUAUACUGGGGCGCAGGUUGCUGUUGCGAGACCAGACACCGACUCGGCCACCGCGGCGAGGCUUCUUGCCGGAGCUGAAGGCGCGUUUGCUGUUGGGAGGUUUGCAGGGGUGGGGAUCAUGACUUGUGUGAAGGCGAGGAAAGUCUUUUUGGGGUUUGUGACCAGGUGUUGGGAUUUGACCGCUCCGGCGAUCACGCAGAGGGGAAACGUGGGGAUGAGUAUGUCGUUUGUUGUUUUGUUCUUUGAGAGUAUUUGGUUUCCUACGAUUGUGGCUUUGGGGAUGAGGGGGUUGGGGAGGCAUACCAAACGAGGGGCGGGGAUCAUUACUGGGGUUUUCGGGGGUGCGGUGGUGCCGCCUUUGUUGGCUGCUGUGGCGGAUAGUGACGGGGGGAGGAUGGGGACGGCGUUGGGCAUGCGGUGCCGAUGGUUUUCUUUUUGGCAAGUUGGACGUAUGCGUUGGCGGUGA